UGGGUAAUUCGUGUCAGACCCAUUUGGGCCACACCUGUCUAAAGGGGUUUAAAGUGGGCUUGCACCAGGAUUCAACCAUGAAUGCCCCUAUGGGCUUAAAGUGGGCUCUGUAAGGAUCUUUAAAACCGAUACCGAUAUUUACUGAUAUUGAAUUUUAAAGCCAAUAUCGGCUGAUAAUAUCGAGCAUCCCUAGUUUUCUAAAUAUGUGUUUCUGCCCCAAGGGACAGGCGUCUGAGAUUGGGCUAUUAUUUGAAGUGUUACGGUAGGCCUGCAACCUUUUUCAGAGUCCACUAAUCAGCAUAAAUCAACACAGCGUAAACUUUGACCUAUUUUGAUGUUUUUUACAUUUUUGGGAAGUUACAUUUUUCAUUUUCUGCACAAAUAACAAAAAUGACUGAUGGAUUGUUUUGGCAAAAGAUCUACAUGUAUGCAAUGUUUGUUCUUUGGUGACUAGCGUGACUUGAAAUGUAUUGAGUUACAAUUACUCAAUCUCAACAUGCUUGAUUAGCCUACAUGUAGAGUUACUACAAGUUGAUUAAGUGUAGUUCAAGAAUACCUUGUAAAAACUUUGCCAGUUCUUUUUUCUCUUGAUUGAACUGUUUGUUUAGUUGAAAUAAGCUGGUAUUGUUAGUUAGUAGCUAAUUUUAACAAAACAAACAGUUUAAACCAUGAACCAUGAAAAAUAUCAGCUGUCUUAACUUUUUUAUGUGCCAGCAACAACCUGAAAACUUCACAAGCCAUAAAUGUUACUAAUUGCUAUCCAGCAUCAAAAUGAACGAGCCUCUGAAGACUUUAUACAGAUACUGAACCUCAUUUAAAUGAACACAAUCAACACUGUAGAUGGUGACCUUCAGAGGCGAGUUGAAGUGCCUUAAUCCAUAAAUAACAGAAACGUUUCAAAUGAACAGUUCCUUUCUGCAGAAAUACUGGAUUCAUGAACACAGAUGAGGAACACAACACAGUCCACUAAUGUAACUGUAAGUGUAACUAAACUUGACAACACUAACUACAGAAAAUUACGGAAAAGGGUACAACCUGCAAAAUGCACAGAGAAGACGGAAAAAGGGAUGAUGCUGUGUACGAAAAUAUUGAUAAAAAUAUAACUGGUCAAUCUGGAAAAGAGAUCACCGACCGUAACGCGAUGAGAAUCCAGUCAUCAGAACUCAAAGAUUCAGGAAGUGAUGGUGUGACGAUCUCCAGAGCAGCUGGUGUGUGUUUGGGGCUGCUGUGUGUUCUUCUGCUGACUGCAGUCAUAGUGCUGUGUGUCCUCAUCUAUACGAAGAGCACAAACUACACGGAGGAGAAACAACAGCUGCUGACUAAAAUCACCAACCUCACAGAAGAAAGAAAUCAGCUACUAACUAACAAUGCCAGCUUAUUUCAACUAAACAAACAGUUCAAUCAAGAGAAAUAUGAACUGGCAAAGAUUUUACAAGAUGGAUGGAUUUACUAUCAAUUCAGUCUUUACUAUGUUUCCACUGAGACGAAGAGCUGGACUGAGAGCAGAAGAUACUGUAGAGAGAGAGGAGCAGAUCUAGUGAUCAUAAAUGACAGCAAAACACAAGAUUUUGUAAAGAAAAUAUCCAGUGGAUCUCAAACCUGGAUUGGACUGACUGAUACUAAGUGGAAGGCACAUGGAAAUGGGUUGAUGGCAGCACACUGACCUCUGGGUUUUGGAAUGCUAAUGAGCCCGGUGGAUAUACAGAAGAGAACUGUAUUGUUACACAUCCAAGAGGAUGGGAUGAUUAUCCAUGUACUACCUUUUUUAAAUGGAUCUGUGAGAAGAAAAUUUUAAAAUGACUUCAUUAUAUGCAAUCACUUAUACAUAAUACAUGUUUAUAUUUAGCAUAAA